GUUAUUUCAAGAAUGUUCAAGUCUCUUCUGAAGUUUGUAGGAUCAAUUUCAAUAUAACCAAUUCAAAUAUUACUUUCUGCAAUCUAGAACCUUGUAGAAUUUUUUUUUAAUUCUGGAAUAAUCUAGAGACCUAUUUAAAGAAUGAGUAGUGAACACAUUCCGGAGAAUUCUAGAAACAAGCAUGCGCAAUUUCAUCCAAUGAGAUUGUAUAAAUACGCGGCAACUUGAUAAUUUCGUCAGUUUGAAACUUCAGAUUUUCGUAUUGAUUUGAGGUAAAUUGAAGUGAUAAUAACAAAAUGUCUCUAUUUCCGUAUUUCUUUCGUGAUGUGUUGAGACCAUUGAGGAUGAUGGAACAUCAGAUGAAGCUGGCAGAGGAGAUGUUCCACCCGUCGACAUUUUCGGCAUUGAACAGGCCGCGGUACACCAUCAACUUGGAAGAGGAUCUGUCUCAAAGGGAUGCGGUAAUCCAGGAUAAAGAAAAAUUCCAGGUAAAGUUGGAUGUGCAGGAUUUCAAGCCGGAGGAAAUUGUAGUGAAAACUUUGAACGGCAACGCAAUUCAGAUAGAAGCAAAACACGAAGAGAAACAUGGAGAAGACAAAGGGUUUAUUUCCAAGCAUUUGAUUAGGAGAUUUGUUCUGCCGAGGGGACACGAUCUGCAAAAUGCCGUAUCUAGUUUAUCCUCCGAUGGGGUGCUCACUAUCACAGCACCCAAAAAGAUUCAAGAGGCUAAUGAAAAAGUGAUUCCAAUUUCCCAUGAACAGUCGGGAAACCAAACCGGAGAGGAUAAGAAGUAGGAAUGACCGUAUUUUUUCAAUUAGUUUUGCAAAUAUUUUCGUAAUACAUUUAUAGGACAGCUUUGAGAAUGAAUUGAUCUGUCUCAUUAUUGGCUUAUAUCUUAUAGUUGUAUUUAUAUAUAAGAUAUUUGGGUUCGACUGAUAGAUCUAAGAUGUACUGUACUUUUUUCAUUAAAUAUAAAUAUUUUCAAAAAUU